CCGAAAACGAGGCAGUGACUCAACUUGACGACACGAUUGAACAAGAACGAGAAAAACAAGGGCAAUUUCGUUAGAUGCCCAUGAAUUCAGUGAACGAGGACCACCUGAAAGACAGUAAAUAUGAGAGAAGAAAUUGGUGCAGCAGUUUUGUUUAUUACUCGAUUGAUACGCCUAAGCGGUAGCGUUUCAAAGGAGAAGGUUGUAGAAUUUUCUGAUUCUUUGUCCGCCAUUUUGAACGAAAAAUUCACAAAUCAUUGGUAUCAAGAUCAUCCAGCUAAAGGACAAGGAUACAGAUGUAUUAGAAUAAAUUCAGCAGAACCAAUUGAUCCAGUUUUGGAAGAAGCAGCUAGAAACUCAGGACUACAGUAUCAUGACCUCCGACUUCCUUCCGAAUUGACUCUGUGGGUUGACCCAAAAGAUGUGUGCUGCAGGUUUGGAGAAAGCAGGGGCUCUUUUUGUACAUUGGCAACUACCAAAGAUGGCAACUUAGAAAAUAUGGCACACUCUAUAAAUAUUGAAGAACUGUUGAGACAAGAGACAGAGAGACACAACCAACAGGUUAAUAUUGUGACUACAAGAACUAAUAUGAAUGUGUCUCAAGCCAAGUUUACCAAGGGUAUUCAUAAUGCCAACUAUUAUUCCAAGUUCCAGAACAACUUUUACAACAACCAACAAUUCCAGAACACCCAUAAUCGUUUCCGUCCCCAAAACAAAAACAACAGAAAACAGGCACAGCAUGAAGAGCAAGUUAAUGGAGUGAGAGUCUCCCCAGACCAUGUGAAUGAAGUCAGACAGCAAUUUAUGGACCAAGUCAACAGCAUUGUUAAGGAGGGAGAGAAAGUGUGUGAGCCCAAACCUAUGUCUCCAAACACAGCAAACUCCUCCUCAUCUAAAAACGCAAAGACUGAUACCUCUAGCAAGGCCCCCCUCUCCAACUCUACCAAGUCCACUCCCAGGUCUAAUAAUGAUAAUGAGACUACCAAGUCCAACACUGGUGGUUUAAAGUCAACCAUUGAGAACUCGAAACCCAGCUCUGAUAAGUCAAGUAUGGAUGUCAAAUCUAACAGACCAUCUCAGGCCAAAGGCAGGUACCAACCAGACCAGAAUACCUCAGUCAAACCAGGCAGUUAUAAUGGAGGCAAGGGUACACACUGGCUCAAUCGCACACACUCAAAAUUUAAUUCUCAGAAGGUGUAUUAGAUUUGAUAAAUGAUUUGAUUGGAUGUGAUGCAGGAGAUAUUUUUUGGUUAAAAUAGAUGGAUAAAAUGUGAUUUUAGUGAAGUGAACUGGCUAAGAAAAGAUUUUUCAGUAUGUUCAGAUGUGUAGGUGUUUUUUUUUUUAACUUGAACAAGAGAUGUGAUAAAUUAUCUAGUCUAGUGCUUCAUUUUAUUUCACUGCUGGUAAAACAUCUUGUGCUCAUUUGUAAUGCCAGUUUUUAAAGAUUUUUUUUUCUUGCCAAAGUAACCACUUGGCCAUCAGGUUUUGUAAAUAGAACAGCCAACUCCAUUUCUGCUCACACAUUUAGUCAGUGGUCAUGAGAAUUGUUAAAUCUUGAAAUGUUUAUUGAUAUUUAUCAUGAAGAGUGUUGUAUAUGAGAGCUCUGUAUAUUUAUGUGUGGUUUAUAUUGCCAGAUCAGACACUGCCAUUAAAUACAGAAAGUUGUCAGAAUGGCUGCCCGAUUUUUUUGUUAUUGUUGCUCCAUUGAUAUUAUGAUUUCAUUUUGAACAUCUCAAUUUGUCAUAACCAGCAUAUGUAGCAGGUUGUAUAGUCAUAGGACAUACAUAUGUAUAUAUAUGUAUAAUUUAUAUUUAAGUAUAUACAAGGUUAAUUUCAUUAGAUGAAAUGGCAGCAGAUAUUCCACGUAAUAUAUUUACAUAGAAGUCUCAGAUCCAUGCAAUGUAAAACAUAAAAGAACAGGGUACGAGUAUCCGUCAUUGAUCUGUCAGCAUUAAUGGGCUCUUUACAGGGAAAUCUGUAUAUAUAAGGACUUUCCUUUCAUUAUAAUUGAUUUUGAUUUAAUAUUUGUUUAUUAAUCAUUUAAAAAUUAUAUUUUCAUUCAAGUAUAUUGUAACAUUCAAGAAGGAGUGCAUUGUAUAUAUACACUACUCAGGAUAAGAGAAUGUAUUGUUUUACUCGGGCUAUUUUUUUGUCAUGCAUUUCACUGAGUGCUAUGGAUAAUUGGAGGAGAUGUACAUUUAAGUUAAUUUAUUCCAGUGUUAUAUCUAUUUGAAAAGGGAGACAUUUGAAAUUAAUUGGGGUGUACUAAGAUAACACAUACAAAUGAAUUUGGUACUCAAGCAUACAUUUCCAAUUGAAUAUGUUACAAAUUCUGAUCGUCCAGAGUUAUCUGUGGCAUCUCACGUUAAAAAGGAUUACUGCUUUAAUGUUAAGUAACUGUUUUUAGCUCUACUGGUCAGAGACCAGAAGAGCUUAUGCGAUAGUAAGGUGUCCGUCGUCCGUCCGUCUGUCUGUCUGUCUGUCUGUCUGUCUGUCUGUCUGUCUGUCUGUCCGUCUGUCUGUAAACAAUUUUUCAAAACGCUACUCCUCCUACAGUUUUGGUCCGAUUUCAAUAUAACUUGGCACACAAGUAGACUACACUAAGAUACAUAAUUUAGUGCAUCGGUUUUUGAUUUUGAUGGACGGUGUUGCUGUGGUUACUAAAAAUAGAAAUUUCUGUGAAAUUCCUUUAAAACGCUACUCCUCCUACAGUUUUGGUCCGAUUUCAAUAUAACUUGGCACACAAGUAGACUACACUAAGAUACAUAAUUUAGUGCAUCAAUUUUUGAUUUUGAUGGACGGUGUUGCCAUGGUUACUAAAAAUAGGAAUUUCUUUAAAAUUCCUUUAAAAUGCUACUCCUCCUACAGUUUUGGUCCAAUUUCAGUAUAACUUGGCACACAAGUAGACUACACUAAGAUACAUAAUUUAGUGCAUCAGUUUUUGAUUUUGAUGGACGGUGUUGCCAUGGUUACUAAAAAUAGAAAUUUCUGUGAAAUUCCUUUAAAACGCUACUCCUCCUACAGUUUUGGUCCGAUUUCAAUAUAACUUGGCACACAAGUAGACUACACUAAGAUACAUAAUUUAGUGCAUCAAUUUUUGAUUUUGAUGGACGGUGUUGCCAUGGUUACUAAAAAUAGAAAUUUCUGUGAAAUUCCUUUAAAACGCUACUCCUCCUACAGUUUUGGUCCGAUUUCAGUAUAACUUGGCACACAAGUAGACUACACUAAGAUACAUAAUUUAGUGCAUCAGUUUUUGAUUUCGAUGGACGGUGUUGCCAUGGUUACUAAAAAUAGAAAUUUCUGUGAAAUUCCUUUAAAACGCUACUCCUCCUACAGUUUUGGUCCGAUUUCAAUAUAACUUGGCACACAAGUAGACUACACUAAGAUACAUAAUUUAGUGCAUUGGUUCUUGAAUUCAAUGGACGGUGUUGCCAUGGUUACUAAAAAUAUAAAUUUCUGUGAAAUUCCAUUAAAACACUAUUCCUGCUACAGUUUUAGUCUGCUUCUAAUAUAAUUAGGCAUACAAGAAGACUAUACUAAGAUACAUAAUUAAUUGCAUUGGUUUUUGAAUUCGAUGAACAGUGUUGCCAUGGUUACUUAAAAUAGAAAUUUUUGUGAAAUUCCCAUUAAAUGUUACUCCUACAAUUUUGGUCUGAUUUCAAUCUAAUUUGGCACACAGUUAGAAUACACUACGAUACAUAAUAUGUAUUUCUGUUUUUUUUAUUUGGGUGAAUGGUGUUGUCAUGGUUACUAAAAAUAGAAAUUUCCGUGAAAUACUUUCACAACGCUACUCCUCCUACAGUUUUCAUUUGAUUUCAAUAUAACUUGGCACAGAAGUAGACUACAUUAAGAUACAUAAUUCUAUUCAUUGUUGCAUGUUGCAAUGUUUCAAAUCCAAGUGCUACUUUUCUUUUGUUAUACAAACAGACCAGUAGAGCUACAGUCUCAUCAGAGACUUCUGGUUGUGUUGUGUACUUUUGCUAUUUUGAAUUUUCACCUGAUGUCCCUCUCCCUAAAAUGUUAUCUAUGGUAAGAAAUGAAGUGCCUUACAGAGUCUUAAAAGCAUUACACUUUACUUGGUGAAUUGAAUUGAGUGCAACAGUCUGCUUUAUGACUUAAGUUUAAUUCUUGCAUGGUUAUUUUAUUUAUAAUUUGAUAAAUAUAAAAUUUAAUGCAUAAGUUUUUUUUCUUCAAAGAAUAAAAUGCUAUAAAAUUCAAUAUACUAAGAAUUCAGGUAUUGCAUACUUGAAUUGAAAAUGCAUGCAUUAAGCUCUAGUGAAUUGUCUUAAAGUGUUUCAUUUAAAUUCUUUUUAAUCCAACAUUUUAGUACAUGUAUGGUAUUUUCUACUCUUUUUUUUGCCCCUUGCUUAUCUGCCUUUACAGUAGAAGUGCUUUUCCUCAUUUAAACCUCAUAGUGGUUUUUCAUUAAUUUUUUUUGUAUUUUUACCCUACAUGGAUGAAUAUUUAUGUUUGAACACGAGUAAAGCUAUGCCCUGAAAGAUCUACUGUAUCAAAAAAUCAUGUCACAAAAUCUUAUAUAAAUAAGUCCUCAUUACAUUCUAUAAAAUGCAUAUUUAGUGUUCUGUUUGAUCUCUAUGAUUUUUGCUAAUCAUGUGCAAUAUGCCUAUCUAGGUCAUCUUCUAAACAUUGACCAAUCAUAUGAUACAGACAAAAUAUGCAUUUUUUUUUGGUGUAACCUUAUUUUCAUUCCAUUUGAUAGCAUGUUUCUAGAAAUCCCACAGACUCUUUCAGUGGCAUUGAUUACCUAGUAUGUAGCCUAGUGUACAUGUAUGUGUAAAUUGUUUUUUUAUUUUGUGGUAAAUCUCAGUAGGAAACCAGUCUCUUUAUACCUGCCUCACAGAAAAUCAAAUGUUAUUUGCAUUCAGGAAUUAUUUUUUUCUUUCAUAGCAUUUUUGUUUUCUGAUUUGUGAUAGUCAGAUCAUUAUUGACAUGUGUGAAAUUAAAAUUCAUUUUAUUCAGCAUGUGUACUGAUGCAAAAAACACAAAAGCCUCAUAUAUGAAGAUCUAAAAUGUUACACUUGUGCUACAGAGAUGUUACCGGUUACUUUCAAAGAGAUCUGGUUUAAUAAAUUUUUAUUUAAUGUA